AUGUCGUCUAAGCGAUCGGCCUUCGGUGAUAUGGACUCCCGACGGCGUCGCGCCCACACUAAAUCGCGCCACGGAUGCCGCAACUGUAAGCUGAGGAGAAUCAAGUGUGACGAACAACAGCCACAAUGUCAAAAAUGCGCAUCGUUUGGCGUUCUCUGCAAUUAUAGUUCGGCUCAAGGUUCAGAUUUGCAACCUGCAUGGCAAGAAGCUCAAAUGAAAACAAAUGAACCAUCCUUCAAGCAAGCAGUAUUCAGUUUCAAGCCCCAGAUUCUUGAACUUUCAAAUUUCUCGGUAAUCACCGUGGGGAGUGGAUAUAGCUCUUUUACAAUGGACCAAGAAAGCCUGGCUCGGUUAAACCGGUUUCAGACACGCACCGUCUACUCUUUUGGAACCAAAUCGGCUUUGAAUAUUUACCAGAAUGAUGUCGUCCAGCUUGCACUAGAACAUCCAUUCUUAAUGCACGUUAUCUUGGCUGUCACAGCAAUCCAUGAUCGUCAUUUGUUACCAGCACCAAAAAACGGUACUCGAUCGCUUACGGAAAUAUACCAUGGAGCCCAAGGGGCUGCACUUCUCGCUGAAAAGCUCUCUCGUCCCAUAGCCUAUGCCGAUCGUGAUGCUCUCUGGUCCACUGCCGCGAUGAUAGGAGUCGCUACUAUGACUUCUAUUGAAGCCUCCAACCCAAUGGAAGCAUGGCCAAUGAAGCCAUUUGAAUCAACAGAUCUUGGCUGGUUAAGUCUCACCAAGGGUAAAGAAGCAGUAUGGCGAGCAACGAAUCCACUCCGGCCGGAUAGCAUCUUCUACCGCAUGGCAGACGACUAUCGCGCACACAGGAAUCCGCCACGCCUUCGUGAAAUAGCAGAUAUACCGUAUGACUUUGUUCAUCUGUGCUCUUUAGAUGGCCGAACGCCUUUGGAGCAGAAUCCAUAUUAUACAGCGGUUUCAUUACUGGCUGACUUCAUUGAACUCGAGAGUUCUUCACGUUCUACAGAAGAGUCUCUGCCAAGAUUUGUCUCUUUCCUUGGCAUUAUGACUUCUGAUUUUCGAUCAUUAUUGUAUUCGAAAGAUCCCCGGGCUCUGCUGUUAUUUGCUUAUUGGUACUCUUUUGUGGAUGCCUCACGGUGGUGGAUAGCCAGGCGAGCUUGGAUAGAGUGCCAGUCAAUAUGCUUCUAUUUAGAUCGAUAUCAUGCUAGCGAUAGCAAGAUCCAGGCGUUGCUUGAACGGCCCAAGAGGAGAUGCGGACUUAUGGAUUAG